UGUCUCUCGCCAAAACACGUCAGUCGUUCAGAAAAACCACGGUCGCGGUUGCAGUUCAUUGUCUUAUGAAACAAAAUCAUCACAAGAAGCUGCGCUAGACGGCAGAAUUCGUUUUACUAUUCGGUUAUUAACACGGUUUCAGCGAGAAUAUGAACGUUGUGUAUUAGAUUAGAAAACAAUAGUUCGCGAUUUGGAUAAAGUGGGUGCAAUUUAGCGAGUGCGCAAGUGAACGAUUCCGCUACUUGCCGGAAGGAUGCUGCCAAACAUCUACGAAAUGUCGCAGCUGAGUGAUAGCCGAAAAUUGACUUCGGUGCUGCUGGUUCUAUUAUUAGAACUACUUUUUAAACGUGCAGCUUCAGCAGCCUCACAGGCAGAAAUCGAUAGACAUCUGGAGAUGGGAAGAGAUCUGCUGGCCAGAGGACAGUUAUCGGAUGCCUUGACUCAUUAUCAUGCUGCAGUUGAGGGUGACCCGAACAACUAUCUGACCUACUUCAAACGUGGCACGGUUUACCUCGCCCUGGGCAAAGCCAAAUUCGCCAUCAACGAUUUCUCCCGGGUGCUGGAACUGAAGCCGGACUUCGUGGCGGCCCGGGCCCAGCGCGGUCAGGUGUAUCUCAAAAUGGGUGAUUUCGACAACGCAGAAAUCGAUCUGAUGAACGUGCUGCGGAUGGAUCCGCACAAUCACGAGGUAAACUUCCAGUACGCUAGGAUCGAUCCGGCGCGGGAUCAGUGGGCUCUAUGUUUGGAUUUGUUGGCGAGGGGUGAUUAUACUACGGCCAUUGCGCUGCUAACCCAGCUACUGGAGAUUUGUCCAUGGUCGGUGGAAAUUCGGGAAGCGCGAGCCCAGUCUUACAUUAGGGUUGGCGAUCGACUGUCAGCUGUAAGUGACUUCCGUUCCGUUAAUCGGCUGUCCCAGGAUAGUACCGAUGGAUAUUACACCCUUUCGAAGAUUCUCUAUGAUCUUGGUGAUUCCGGAUCGGCCCUGAAAGAAAUUCGAGAGUGUUUAAAACUCGACCCAGAACACAAAGAUUGUUUCCCAUUGUAUAAAAAGAUCAAGAAGGUCGAUAAAGUUUAUACAGAAGCUCAGUCUGCCUUAGAGAAUCAACAGUAUGCUGAAUGCAUUGCACAAGCUGAAAAGAUCAUCAAACUGGAACCGAACGUUCCAAUGAUUGUCUACAAUGGCAAGCAACUGCUUUGCUCUUGCCUCGUGAAGGAUGAACAGUUCACGGCAGCCGUUGGUAGAUGCCGGGAAGCGCUGGAUAUUUACCAGGAUCCAGAGGUCAUGUGUGACCGUGCGGAAGCCCUUAUCGGCGCGGAGAUGUACGACGAUGCAAUCAAUCAGUACCGGGACGCCCUGGAAAUCAACGACGGAUUCCAACGGGCAAAGGAAGGCAUCGAACGUGCCCAGAGGCUACAGAAGCAAUCCGAACGAAGAGAUUACUACAAAAUCCUGAACGUGAAGCGAACUGCCACCAAACAGGAAAUCACCAAAGCCUACCGGAGGGCCGCCCAAAAAUGGCAUCCGGACAACUUCCAGGGCGACGAGAAGAAGGUCGCCGAGAAGAAGUUCAUCGAUAUUGCCGCCGCAAAGGAAGUGCUUACCGAUCCGGAAAAGCGGCGACAAUUCGACGCCGGCGAAGAUCCUCUGGAUCCGGAAGGCAACCGAAACGGCUUCGGAGGAGGCAAUCCGUUCCACCACUUCCAGCACGGGUCGCCAUUCCAGUUCAAGUUCCACUUCACGUAGUUUAGUUCCGAUACCUCAGAGGAUGGGUGAGUUCUCUAGUUUUCCUUCAUGCACUACUAUCCCUUACCUAUCCCCACCUGUUGAUGCCGUACAGUGCCAGCUUUAAUUUAUUGUCCCUUAAAUUUUCGUUAUAAAAAAAGUGAACGUCGUCACUUUUGUCAUCCCUAGGAAAGUAACUGAGCACAGUCGAAUUUAUAAAGCAAUUAUUGUUUUUUUUACUAUUAUAAAAAAAUCUGAAAUUCAAUCCAUAAAAGAAUGACAUAGAAGCUAGUGAUGUAAGAAAACGUGAAAAGAUACGCGAGGAAACGAGUUUUAUUUCUGAUUAUCUACAGCCGCCUCAAAAUUUGCGCAAGUUUCCUUAUUUUUUUCACUUUUUCGAAGAACUGAUUAAGAAAGUAAAUACAAAAACCUAGUGUAAAUAAACGCUUAAUCACAAUUUAAUAAGUAGUUUAUGAGAA